AUGGCACGUGGAAACGCGACCAUACGACAAGGUCUCAAGCCAUCAAUCGAACGCUGGGAGACGCUUCUGCUCGUGACUGGGUUUGGCGUGUUCACUACCCUCGUGGCGGUGCUGUUCGUCUGCAUACGAAGGAACAUCUACAAGGAUAAGAACACACUCGACACCGCGUUUGACGCCGGCGGGAAGGUGAGUGUCGGUCUGACGGCGACGACAAUCGUAUCUCAGUGGACCUGGGCUGCCACUCUCUUGGUAUCAUGCACCGUCACCAGCAAGUACGGCAUCAGCGGCCCUUUCUGGUACGCGGCAGGUGCGACAAUCCAGAUUUUGUUGUUCUCCAUGGUCUCGGUACAGCUGAAGGUUCGAGCCCCUGGCGCAAAGACGUUCCUGCAGGUCAUCAGAGCCCGUUACGGUGCCAACACGCAUAAGGUGUACGUCUUCUACGCGUUACUCACAAACGUCAUCGUUACCGCGAACUCCAUGCUCGGCGGCUCUGCAGUACUGUCCGGCCUCACGCGAGAGAUGAGCGUCGAGUACGCCACCAUGCUGAUGACCGCCGUCGUCGGCACGUACACCUUCAUCGGCGGCCUCGGUGCCACCUUCUACGUCUCUUUUUUCAACACCGCGCUCAUCUGCGUCAUGAUGCUCGUGUUUGUCAUGCGCGUCUAUGGCGAUUCGGGCACAAUCGACAACCCGCUGGGAAGCGAGAAGAGCGUGUAUGACCUGCUGGUAUGCAGUCUGGGACCGGAGGGCAAUGAGGACCGCAGCUUCCUCACCUUCGUCUCCAGAUCUGGAUUCCUCUUUGGCCUCAUCAAUAUCUCGAGCAAUUUCGGGACCUGUUUUGUAGACCAGUCCUUCUGGCAGAGUAGCGUGGCGGCUAAGCCCCGUCAAGGGGUUCUGGGUUUCCUGGCCGGUGGGCUCGUCUGGUUUUCCAUCCCCUUCGCACUCGCUUCCACUAUGGGGCUUGGCUACAUCGCCCUAAGCGCUUAUCAGGACACGCCACUUCUUUCGGAGGAGGAAGUCAAUCAAGGAUUAGUAUUACCUGCGGUGGCCCAACACUUGUUUGGUAAGGGCGGCGAUAUGAUAGUGCUCGUCAUGGUCAUUAUGGCGGUAGUGUCUACGGGCUCGGCGGAGGUGGUGGCCGUCACCUCCAUAAUUGUCUACGACAUAUAUCAGCUAUACCUUAAACCAUACCGUCUAGUGCACGACGCGAAUAGCUGUAUUCUGUGCGGCAGAAGUCGUGGCCGGAAGGCGAACGUUCGUGACCGAUGCACUUGCGAGAGUAUGACCGUCUGCGAUGCGUGCUCUUAUGACGAUAGACAGCGGACGCUACGCAGGCGCGUCGUGAAAUCUCCGUACGAGUGCCGCAUUCAUGGUCCGUACCGAGAGUAUACAGACGUCCUGUCGCACCUUAAGAACUGGUGCCUCCUCUGGGUCACACUGGGCAUCAUACCUUUCACCAUCUUGCUGUAUACACUCAAGAUCAACUUGACAGUCGUGUACCUGUUCAUGGGCGUCAUCAUCAACUCGGCGGUGAUACCCAUCACGCUGUCCAUGUUCUGGGAGCGGCUCACUGGGCUCGCCAUGAUCGCCGGAAGUGUCGGCGGCUCCAUUCUGGCGCUUAUCGCCUGGCUUAUCGUCUCCGCUUCAUACGCCGGUGGACUAAACCAGUAUGGACUCAAUGCUACUCGCGAGAUGCCAUACUUGACGGGAAACCUGGUGUCGCUACUGUCCGGGGGCGUGAUCGCCGUGCUGGUCAGUCUUUUGUCCGGCAAGAACAAGGAGGGAGCGGAGGUGUGGGAGAAAACCAGGGACAUUGACAGUCCGCUAAAUCCCUGGACGGAGCUUUACGCAAAGGAUCUCAACCUGGUCGGAGCCUACCGCCUGGACAACCGGCCGCCACUGCUAGAGGUGCAAGCGGCGUUCAGGUCCGCCAAGUAUGUGGCGUUCGUUGCAUCCCUCGUACUUUCGGCGUUCCUCGUGGUCGUCUGGCCGAGCAUUAUGGUGGCGGUGAACGUGAUGGCGUACGAGGCAUUCCACAGUUGGGUGACAUUAUCGAAGGUUUGGGCGUUUACCGCUACAAUAUUCAUCAUCAUUGUUCCGUUUGCUAGUGAAAUAUGGGACAUUUACGCGGCUUUUCGUAGAAACGUUCGGACAUACCCGGAACCAGCAAACGCCGACACAACAAGUCGGUCUAACACGGAAAUAACCGAGAAAGGUAAAUUGGCACAUCGGGAAACUCAGGAUGUGCCACGCAGAAACUUCAAGCGGUUGUCGUCUGUUUCCGUAUUACAAGCUGGACAGAGCAACGCUGACUGACUGUAGUUAAUGAACAAACAAAGGUGAUCAUUUGCACGUGAAGGAACAUUUAGACAUUAGCUUCGUUUUCGGAAAACACGGCUUAAUGCAUGUACUUACAGUGUCAUUCCAGAUUAGCCUGUGCAGUCUACACAGGUUAAUCAGGGAAAACAAUUUCAGCUUGUAUGAUAUUCUUCGAUUCAAGGAAGUCUUUUCUUUGUAAAAAUCCAGUUUAUUCGGAAAGAGUCAGUCACUUAAAAAUAUGAGAUAACACUUUAUGCACAUCCAAUUUUCCCAGAUAGAGGAUUAGAGUAGAUUCAGAUAACGACUAAGGAGCAUCGUUUUAAUGGUUUUACGGCUAAGCAAAAGAGCUGUUACAGGAUUACUUUUUUCGGGAAGGUAAGGUAACCGUUGCGAGAAUUUUGAUCACGAUAUUGAGUACAGUGGUCGUUCAGGAAAUGAAGCUGUCCCUUGUUAAUAAAGUUGCAUUCCUUGACCACGGUGCUCUGUCAUGUUUAAACAAACAAAAUCGCCUGUACGACGCCAUAUUAUUGUCCGUAAAUGAUUGCGUGACUACUUUUCUUACGUGCAUUUCUAUGGAUUUGGAAAGGAUACACCGUUAUGCAGACGUUCUCCCGUAGAAAAUGUUUGUCAUGGCAUUUGCCAUAGGUGGUAGUUCACCGAGACACUCAUUAAAAGUGGUCCAGCAACAAAAACAAAACAUGAAUACAAAUCAUUUUUCUUUUUUAUUACAUAAAAGCCACGUAGCACACUCAAUGAUUCUCCUAGCUUUACACAAAACGGAGUCAUUUGUAUUAGCAAAGUAACUUUUUCUGUCAGCAUCGGAAUAAUUUGGUAUGAUAUCGGACUCCUAUUUGCGCUUUAAGUUUUUAUAAUGAGUUUAUUGCUUUCAAACACUUAUGUAUAUCCAUAAUACAUGGUCCUAUUAUAGAGGGAAUUUAGCUAUUGACCAGACUUAUUAGAGCAACCGAUCAUUAAUUCAAGUGGUCUGCAAACAUGUCCACGGAUGUUAUCAAUGUGUUUGUCGUAAAUUAAUGAUUGAACAAAUAAACAA